GAGCAUAAGAAACCAUUUCUUAUGCGGGGACCUAGCAGUGUAGACAAGAUAAGUUUGGCCUGCCACCCCAUUCCGAGCAAACCUUUUUUAAUUCUAUCCUCUUCAUUUCCUAUUCUUUAUUUUCUCUUUCUUGCCCUUGCCGUGUCUUCAAAUACUCUCGGCUUUCUACCAGUACCAAAUUCGCUACUUAUAGUCAAUUUCUUGGCAUCCGUAAGGCUGAACUUGUGUAUUCUUAUAUCAACCACGAUCGUUACUUCUUUUUUUUUCUUAUCUGCAACGGAAGAAUCAUCUACUGUGUCUCACCUUUUCAAAUUUACAGCCUCUGCCGUCUAAACAUUAGAUUUUGGAAGAUGAAGCAAAGUACAGUAUUCGGGCUUAUUGCCUCCGUUGCCUCCUUUGCCAGUGCUACAGCUGCCGGUACUCCGGUAUUGGCAGCGAGAGCUUCAUCUACUUCAAGUGUUGAGGCUGUUACAAUUUCGGGAAACGGUUUGCUCGCCAACACUACUUCAUGACCUCAUUAUUGACUGCCUCCAGCUUUCUACAAGGGUAGCGAUCGUUUCUAUAUUCGUGGUGUCGACUAUCAACCAGGUAAAAUUAUCUUUGCUGUCGCUAUACAUGUAUGGCUAACCCUCUCAAACAGGUGGAGGAACUGGUACUACUUCCGAUCCCAUUGCCGAUGCAGCUUCAUGCAAGAGAGAUGUCGAAUAUUUCCAACAAUUAGGCAUCAACACAAUCAGAGUUUAUGCUGUCGACAACACUGCGGACCACGACGAGUGCAUGGGUUAUCUUGCUGAUGCCGGUAUCUACCUUGUCCUUGACACUGAUACCCCUCUCUAUUCCCUUAACAGAAACGAGCCCCAAAAGUCAUACAACAGCGUCUACCUUCAAUCCAUCUUUGCCACUAUUGACAAAUUCGCCAAUUACACCAAUACCCUUGCUUUCAUCUCCGGUAACGAAGUCAUCAACGACGUGAACAACACCAACUGUGCUCCAUAUGUCAAAGCCAUCGUUCGAGACAUGAAGGAAUACAUUGGUAGCCGUGGUUAUCGAUCCAUUCCUGUCGGUUACUCCGCUGCUGACGUAGCUUCGAACCAAUAUACCCUUGCUGAUUACUUGAACUGUGGAACUGAUGAUGAACGAUCCGAUUUUUACGCCAUCAAUGACUAUUCAUGGUGUGAUCCGUCUUCCAUGACCACAUCCGGCUGGGACACUCUUGUCAAAAACUACACUGGCUACAGCAUACCUCUAUUGUAAGUCUUAUCUACUCGUUUUCAACAAUUUGCAUGUUAAAAUAUCUAACGAACUCUAAAGUAUGUCUGAAUUUGGUUGCAUUACCAACACCAGAAAAUUUACCGAAAUUGCCGCCCUCUACAGUACUGAAAUGACCGCCAUUUUCUCUGGAGGACUUGUGUAUGAAUAUUCCAACGAGGGUAAUGGAUACGGUCUUGUAGAUAUCAGCGAUGGAACUGUUACUACCACCGACCAAUUCACAUACCUUAAGGAGGCAUACGCAAACACUACCUCUCCCACAGGAGACGGUGGAGCCGUUACCACUACUGGAUCAGCAACCACUUGCCCAACUGAAAGCUCCGAAUGGGAUGUUUCGGGCGAUGCUCUUCCAGCUAUGCCUACCCCAGCCCAGAAAUUCAUGACUAAUGGUGCGGGUACUGGACCUGGUUUAGAUGGAGCCGGAUCUCAAGAGGCGGGUGAUACAGAGAACGAAUCUCAAGGCACCGCCACGGCAGGUUCUGGCGCAGUUACUCACACCGCUUCGGCUGGAUCUUCGAGCUCCACAUCUUCUUCCAAAUCAGCUGGUGGUAGAAGUGUCGAAGUUGAUGUGAGAGCCUUUGGAGUUGUUGCAGUAACGCUUGCCAGUAUGGUUUGUGGUAUGUUGUUGCUUUAAAUGUGGGGUUCAAUUAGGGUGCAGAUAGAUUUUCUUAUUCUUUCUAAUUUUUCUUUUGUUAUCCUGGUAUACAUAAAAAUGGAAUGCAUAAAUUUGUGUACAACUUGUCUUUUGCCCAAGCUGUCCUACGUGUGGCGGGUCGUUUGUCGUUUCUUGGCUGUCUGACGGUGUCACAGCUCUCAUGCGUUGACCCCGCCAAUAAGAUCGUAGUGGCUUUGAGCACCGAAAGUCUAGCCUUAUCCCAGUUGUGUCUCUCGUUGCAUACCACUUAUUCCUUAGAUAGGA